AUGAAAUUCAUUAUUUUCGUUCUGGCUGUUUUGGCGAUAGUGUGGGCAAAACCGCAUCCAGGAUACGGAAGACCGUCAUACGGAGGAGGGGGAGGGGACUUCGGCGGUGGUGGCCAAUGGGGAUCUCAAUCAUCGGCAUUCCAGCAAAGUCAAAUGGCUGGUGGAUUCCAAAAUGGUGGUGGAUUCAAUGGAGGUGGCGGACCAGGAAUGGGUGGAGGUGGAUAUGGAUAUGGAGGAUAA